AUGAAGACGAUGAUCGGAGUGAUCGUGAUGUUGGUCGUUUUGGGUUCGACGAUCAAUCAAGCAGUACUGGCGGACUACGCAUCGUGUUUCAAGAAGUGCGAUGGCAGCUGCAGUUUGGGCAGCGAAAGAUUGUGCAACGUCUACUGUUCGAAAAUGUGUCGUGGCCAGAGUGAGCUAAAGAAGCCCGAAAAUCUGGCAACGAAUAGCGAUUCUAAGUUGAUUUCGUAG